AUGUUUACAUUCUUUUCCCGCCCCCGUGCUGACCAGGCGUGGUUCUCAGCCGGCCCGGCCUCGUCCUACCCGGAUCUCAGCCCGGGCGGCGAGAGCGCGGCAUUAUCCGACCCACGUCCGUGCGGCGCCGAUGCGGUGCCAGGCUGCAAAGUCUUCUCGGUGCCGAAGGGCGAUGUUGCUGCGGCGUCCGAGGUUUCCUUAUCAGAGGUCUAUGAAGGAGCCGAUCUGCGGGACCAGGUUGUUGUGUUCCAGUACCGGGGCAAAUUCCAUGCCAUCGACCAUCAAUGUCCGCAUUCAUCCUUCCCACUCUCCAGAGGCACGCCAUUCGACAUUGAGGACUUCGGCAUCGUGCUCAGCGCAGGGAUAACCUGCCCCAAGCACGGCUGGUCAUUUGACCUGUUCUCUGGAAUGGGAGACCGGGGCACUUACAAAUUGAAGACCUGGGAGGUCGAGCUACGUCCUGCUAAGGGGGCUUCAGGCGACGGUCAAGAGAAAGAGGUCUGGGUGAGGAGGAAGCAAAGGAUAGGCUGA